GAUUUGAAACUCUUAAAGAGUAACGGCUCAACUGCAAGUCCUCCUUCCAAAAACGGCAACUCAGCACUCGAUCGUUCCUUGCCCAAACUACCUAGUCAGGUUCUCCGAUAUAGAGAGCUUUCUGAUCGAGAACGAGGUCUCAUACCUGCUCGUGAAGCGCCGCAAGCACCAGUAGUACCGUCGAUGGGCGCAAAGAUUUCGAAGCUGAAAGAUAUCAGCAAACGAAAAGCCACGGAUCAGUCUGAUGAACUCAGUAGGCAUGGCGACCCUGACAAUGACCGAUCCGGACAUCUCAGAGAAGGCUAUACGUCACAGUCAACAAACCCACCAUACUCGCCCCAUGGAGGUCUGCCAACACCGGAAUAUUUAAGAUCGGAUGAAGAUCAAAGUCAGCCAUCUACACCACAGGUGUUUUCACCGUCUACACCAUCCAGCGAUCUAUCAUCCGCAGCCCAAAUACCAAUGAAAUCGGAUGCUAGUCGCCCACACGAUAUCUCCGUUGCAACAGCGACCGACCGAUCUCCACUCAUACCUAAUCUUCUUCAUGGCAACCACUCUCGAAGUCCCUCUGAGACUUUGACCAUCACAUCUCCCCUGGAUGUCGUCCGGUCACCGCAACCCCAAAAGCCACAUGCCACCAAAACUAUCCUUACACCUCAGCCCUCGCCGCCAGCUGAAACGGCAUCCUUCUCGCCAUCUAUUACAUCAACAACUCCAACUGUCACAACAAAUCCACAUUCCCGUCAGACUUCUCGAACUACUACCUCUCGUGCAACGUCUCUCUCUUACUCUUAUUUCCCUUUAUCGCCCUCCUCACUUCCCGCUCCUGGAACUAUUCUACCAGCUCCUCUCAUUACAUCACAACAUAUCAAUUGCUUUCAAAGUCACAGAUUCAUGCGGCGAUCACGAAAUAAUUUAUGUCCACUCCAAUGCCAAACUUGCUCGAAGGGAGACUUUGAACAACAAUGGAAAUGUACAUGGUGCUGUUUGAGGGUGUGUUCUGAUUGCAUGGCUGUUUUGGCAACAGUACAAAAAGACUUGGGAACUUUUUUGAAAUUGAUUGGAAAGGAUACGCCAAAUAAAUUCGAUGGCAAGACAAUUAUGGUGGGGAAAGAUAUCGGUGAGGGGAGUCAAAAUGCGAACGAGGAGAACGAGAAUCACCAAGUGGGUAUUGAAGCGUGAGAGAACUUAACAGUCAUACCAUGGGAUAUAUACAUCUUUGUUGCGGAGUUUAAAAGGGGAAAAUGUCAUGGGAUUUCAAGAUCAAAGGCGGUCUUUAUGAAUCAAUUUCAAUUGUUUCAUUGCGCGUAGUAUUCGCAACAGUCCGUUUGGAUGUAUCCUCGGAACUGAUCUUGCAUAUCCACAUGCAACCUGAUGGGCGAUGGUAGGUAUAGCAAAAAGCCGAGCUUCUAUUGGGAUAACCAGGACUAGCUUUUGUGCAUAUGACUAGUCAUUGAUGAAUGUAUAUAGUAUAUUAGUGAUACUCAGCGAAAACUAUCCUGCUAUUGUACACCGGAUCGGUCAAGGGGUGGCGUGAUAUCAUCAAGGCGAAGUGCAUAGUCGGUCUGACCUUCUACUUUCAUUUUGAUCAAGUGGACUCCAGCCCCAAGAGAGUGGCUUUAACCAUUCCAAUGCCCUUCGAACAGGCCGGUUUUACUUGAGUUAUUAUGCCCGAGUACAAUAAGAUGUCUGCUAGCCUACGCUUGUGACCA